UGAUGUCAUUUAUGUCACGAAUUUCUCCUUGUUAAUUUCAAGAAUGAGUAAUACAAGUUGUGUUUUUGCUGCUCGUCAUUCUUUUCAGAAGGUCUGAGUUCACACUGACUAGUGAGGAGUUGUUAACUUUGUUUAAUAGUGGAGUACGGCAGGAAAAAACAUCGUUUUAACUUUUAUUAUUAAAUUAUUUUAUCGAAUUAGAAAAGCAAGUCCUCUGUGCUCUGCACAGCACAGCACCAGCGGAACUGUUGUUAACACACACCACCCACAAACACACAGUCACCAAAAUAGGACAUCAAAGACGCUCUUGUCAUGGCGACAGGUUCGGGGGCUCAGUAUGCUUCAAUCGUGAAGAGCAGUUUAGCAUCCGCCAGGCCUACGUAUCAGAAGCCUGAAGAAACGCAGCGUGAUGUCAUGCAAGUCUUUGCAUCCUUCAAGGAUCUCAGACCGAGGAUGGACUCAUAUGUUUUCAACGAUGGACAGAACAAGAAUCUCCUUUGCAUUGAUGGAACGAUCCCAGUUUACUACAAAGGUAUCAGUUAUAACAUUCCCAUCUGUAUUUGGGUGAUGGACACACAUCCUUACAACCCCCCGCUGUGCUUCGUCAAACCGACAAAAGAAAUGAUGAUCAAGCCAUCCAAGUUUGUGGACCCGAAUGGGAAGGUGUACCUGCCCUACCUACACGACUGGAAAUAUCCAUCUUCAGAUCUGGUUGGUUUGAUUCAAGUCAUGGCGGCCGUAUUUGGCGAUUGUUCCCCGGUGUUCAGUCGUGCUGCUGCACAGAGCAACCCAGCGAGGACGAGCUACCCGCCCGCAGGGCACCAGCCAGCUGCAUCCCAACCACCAUACCCUGCAGGUGGUGGUUACAACAUGCCCAUGCCGAUGCCUACACCCCAAGGCAGCAGCCAGCCGGGCUUUAACGCAAACUACCCCCCUUCAUCCUCCUAUCAACCCCCCGCCCAGUACCCCGGUAGCUACCCCAACGCUGGGCAAUACCAAGGGUCAUCACAGCCACCCUCGUACCCCUACCCACCCUCCCAGCCACCCCAAGGGGGCCAGGCUUAUCCUACCACAUCUGACCUACCAACUGGAACGAGUCAUAAAAACUCUGAAAUAUCUGAAGAUGAUAUUAAGGCUUCGAUCCGGUCGGCUGUCGAGGAUAAACUGAAACGACGGCUCCAAGAUACGUAUGAUGGUCUACAGGCUGAAAUUGACUCCCUGGCUGUCACAAAGGAAAAACUGAAGACUGGUCAGCAAAAGCUGGAAGAUAUUAUCAGUAAACUGGAAACAGAGCAGGUGGAUCUUGAGAAGGACAUCCAUUUAUUAAAACAAAAAGAUGAAGAAAUCAGGCUAGCCUUAAGUAAAUUGGAUGGGCAAGACCAAAUGGAUAUAGACGAAGCAAUCAUACCAACAACUCCACUGUACAAACAGUUGCUUAAUCUCUUUGCUGAGGAGAUGACAAUUGAAGACACUUAUUAUUAUCUCAUGGAAGCCCUAAGGAAGAACACUAUAGAAUUGGAAGCCUUCUUGAAGCAUGUCCGAGAGCUUUCUCGGAAGCAGUUCCUACUACGGGCACACAUUCAGAAGGUACGGCAAACGGCUGGAUUGCGAGACCUAGUCAUGUGAACAAGAAGCAGGUAAUAAAAGAUGAAAAAAACAGCACUUUGGAUCAAUGAAAAAAACACUUUGGUGAAUAAAGGGUCUGUAUACGUUUGGUAAUGACUCUGCACAUUAGUGCCAAUAAAAAAACUUACUUGGGAAGAGGUAAAACGGCAUUAUAUAGUAUGAUGUAUUUUUGAGAAACUUUUCACUUCGAAGUACUGCAGUUGAGGGAAAAGAUUUCCCUUUUUUAUCUCCCAAGGAGCGUUACAGACAAUAGUGUUUCUCAGAUGGUGUAUUCCAAUUGCAGAUGAUAAUAAUAAUAAUAAUAAUAAUAAUAAUAAUAAGACUUGUAAUGCGCAUGUAUC